UGAUUAUUUGCCUGCAGCACUACCCACUGUUUCUGUUCCAAAAAAAAAAAAAAAACACUGCCCACUGUUCGGCCGGCUUCGUGGGAUUCUCCGUCUUCGUCUGCUAGCCAGGCAAAAUCCCAAAAUUUCAGUUCUUCAGCUGACCAACUUCUCUUCGUGAAUGGUGGAGCAACUGUUUGUGCAUUUGCCAAUAGUGAGAUUGAACAGUGAGAUAAUUCAACAUUCGUGAGGACUCAGCUCAUAAUAGUCUUCCGCCAUGGCUGUAGAAGAAGAUGUUGCGCAGGAGUACGUGCCGCAGCAGAAGAAGAAAGAACCUUCUGAGCUAGAGAAGCGGAGAAAGAAAAUUGAACCUGGAAGUUUAAUGAAGGCUGAAAUGAGGCCAGGAGGCGGUGAUGUUAGACCAUCCGAGGGUGAUCAGGCCAUAUAUCACUGCACAGUCAGAACUUUGGAUGGAGUAGUUGUUGAGUCUACUAGAUCAGAUAAUGGGGGGAAGGGCAUUCCGCUGCGACAUGUUUUGGGGAAAAGCAAGAUGCUUAUAGGAGUCAUUGAGGGACUUACCACAAUGCUGAAGGGUGAAGUUGCUAUGUUUAAAAUGAAGCCAUCAAUGCACUAUGGCGAGGCUAAUUGUCCAAUCUUUCCACCAAGUGGAUUCCCGAAAGAUGAUGAACUUCAUUUUGAGAUCGAAAUGAUAGAAUUCUCAAAAGUGAAGGUAGUCAGCGAAGAUUUGGGGAUUAUAAAGAAGGUGAUAGAUGAUGGUCAAGGUUGGGAGUCUCCUAGGGAACCAUAUGAAGUAAAAGCCAGGAUUUCAGCUAAAACUGGUGAUGGGAAAGUUAUUCUGGCCCACACACAUGGGGAACCAUAUUUCUUUACUUUCGGGAAAUCUGAGGUACCUAAAGGUCUUGAGAUGGGAAUGGGAACAAUGGCACGAGAAGAAAAGGCUAUAAUAUAUGUUACUGGCCAAUACUUAACUCAGUCUCCCCUCCUAUCUACAAUUGAAGGUUUGGAUGAAGUUCAUUUUGAAGUGGAGCUUGUUCAUUUCAUUCAGGUGCGAGACAUGCUUGGAGAUGGGCGUCUAAUAAAACGUAGACUUCGUGAUGGGAAGGGUGAGUUUCCCAUGGAUUGCCCUCUUCAUGACAGUGUUCUGCGGGUUCAUUACAAGGCCAUGCUUCUAAAUGACAAAAAGACAGUCUUCUACGAUACAAGUGUCAACAAUGCGGGGCAGCCUUUGGAGUUCAGUUCUGGGGAAGGUCUAGUUCCUGAAGGAUUUGAAAUGUCUGUCCGCCUGAUGCUUCCAGGAGAGCUGGCUUUGGUAACAUGUCCUCCUGAUUAUGCAUACGACAAAUUUCCAAGGCCAACCGAUGUUCCUGAAGGUGCUUAUGUCCAAUGGGAAAUUGAGCUUCUUGGUUUUGAGAUGCCACAGGACUGGACUGGCAUGGAUUUCCAGAGUAUAAUGGACGAUGCUGAAAAGAUAAGAAGCAUAGGGAACAGGUUGUUCAAAGAAGGAAAGUUUGAACUAGCGAAAGCCAAGUACGAGAAGGUACUGAGGGAGUUUAACCAUGUCAAUCCACAAGAUGAUGAGGAAGGGAAGGUUUUCCUGAACACGCGGAAUUUGUUACACUUAAAUGUGGCCGCUUGCUACCUGAAAAUGAAGGAAUGUAGAAAAUCUAUUGAGGCAUGCAACAAGGUUCUGGAUGCAAGUCCUGCACAUGCAAAGGCUCUAUACCGCCGAGGAAUGGCAUACAUGGAAGCUGGCGAUUUUGAUGAAGCAAAGAACGACUUUGUAAUGAUGGCAAAAGUGGACAAGUCAUCCGAGUCCGAUUCAAAUGCUGCUCUUCAGAAACUAAAGCAAACAAAGCAGGAAGUUGAUCGGAGAGCAAAAAAAACAAUUCAAAGGGCUCUUUGACAAGAAGCCUGGAGAGAUAGCUGAGGUUGGGCCAGAAGAUAAAGCAAAGGAGAAAGAGGAGGAAAGCACAUCCGAAGAAAAGCACAAGGACAAUGAGAUCGAGAAAGAGCCAUUGCUGGAAGAUGCAGUGGAUGAACCAAGGCCUGGCCUUUUGUAUCGCUUGUGGCCAACGGGGGGAAGGCUGUUCUCGGCCCUGGGACUCCAACGAUGUACCAUCUUGUGAAACCUCUAAAGCUUGGCUUAUGGCUCCCACAUUCCUGGCUGUGCACAAGAGGUCACCUUCUAACUUGUACCCUUAGACAGAAGAUAGUAAU